AUGGUGCGAGCAGCAGAAAAAGGCUCUCAGCCAAAGCCCGAGAACGCCAUCACCAUCGCGGUGUCAUCGCGAGCGCUUUUCCGCAUGGAGGAGGAGCAGAAGAUUUACAACGAGCAAGGGGUGGAGGCCUAUGUGAAAUACCAGCUGGACCAUGAGAACGAGCCCUUCCUCCCUGGGGCUGCCUUCCCCUUCGUCAAGGCGCUGGAAGCGGUGAACACGCAGCUGCGUGAGCUCUACCCCGACAGUGAGGAGCUCUUCGACAUCGUCCUCAUGACCAACAACCAUGCCCAGGUUGGGGUUCGCUUGAUCAACAGUAUCAACCACUAUGAUCUGUUCAUCGAGAGGUUCUGCAUGACGGGAGGGAACAGCCCCAUUUGUUACCUCAAGGCCUAUCACACCAACCUCUACCUCUCCUCUGACGCCGAGAAAGUGAGUGGGGCCAUUGAAGAGGGGAUUGCUGCAGCCACCAUCUUCAGCCCCAGCAAAGACCUGGAGGUGUCGGAGAACCAGCUGCGGGUGGCAUUUGAUGGUGACGCCGUGCUCUUCUCUGAUGAGUCGGAGCAGAUCGUGAAGGCUCACGGCUUGGACAUGUUCUUUGAGCAUGAAAAGGCUCACGAGAACAAGCCUCUGGCACAGGGACCCCUGAAGGGCUUCCUGGAGGCUCUGGGGAAGCUGCAGAAGAAGUUUUAUUCCAAGGGGCUGAGGAUGGAGUGUCCCAUUCGCACCUACCUGGUCACUGCCAGGAGCGCGGCCAGCUCGGGAGCCCGGGCCCUAAAGACUCUGCGCAGCUGGGGCCUGGAGACGGAUGAGGCUUUGUUCCUGGCCGGGGCUCCCAAGGGGCCGCUGCUGAAGAAGAUCCGUCCUCACAUCUUCUUCGAUGACCAGAUGUUCCACGUGGAGGGAGCCAAGGAGAUGGGCACUGUCGCUGCCCACGUCCCCUACGGCAUCGCCCAGAAGCACAAGCGGCCGGCGCAGGAGAAGCAAACCCUGAACAGCAAGUAGCGGAGCUGGCUGGUCCCGCAGCCCCCGGCGUGCAGCACAGGCUUCACCCCGUGCACCACGCUCUGACCUGGGUUGUGGUCUGCAAGGCAGAGAGCAUUUGCCCUGGCGAGCGCGAGGUUAUUCCCCAGCGGGAGCCUUGUCGGGGGCAUGGAUGGAGGAGGGGGCUGAUGAAAGGCUUCCUUUCGCCUCUGUAUUCGUUGCAAUGUCGUGGCGUUGUCCCCAUUCCUCGUGGGGCCGGAGGCUCCCCCGCGCCGGGCAGCCCCAUGAGCCAUUUCCCUGUUCGUCCGCGCUCUGCACGUGUUUCAGGCAAAACCCCUCGAGGAUGGCUCUCGCCUUUUGUGGACUGUUUGUGCCAGGCAGGUUUAACCUAUUGGCAUUUCUUUAAAACCCCAGGUAAUUCCCAAAGCCUUUGGGAAUUUACAAAAACCCUUCUUGCAGCUUUGAAACAAAAUGCUGUCCCUUUUAACUAAAAUUAAACCAUAAUAUUGUUCCUUCACAGACCCAGCCCCUGCUCCCCAACCGGAAAAUCUUCCAUGUCUUUGUCCUUUGUCCUUUCACCAAGAUUUUGUCAGCUGAACAGCUUUCCUUUCAUGCACUAAGAUUUGGAAGAAUAGAAACAAACACUUACAUAUAUUUAAAAAAAAAAAAAAAUCCUGUUUCCUGCUUGGAGCUUCGGGCUAGUGUAUCGUUGGCCCAGGUUUUUAAAUCUGGGUUUCACAGUUGCGUGAGUUAGCACUUAAAAAUAGUCAUCUCGGUGAGGCAUCCAAAGCCAGCUCUCGUCUGAGCCGUCCAUGGUCCGCAGACACAUGCCUAGGGCUUGAAUUAAGUUAAAAGCAGGCCCUAAUAUAUUUAGGAUAUCACUUGAAGUCGAUUUAGGUAAAUCUGCAGAGAAUUUCAGCCUGGGGGUUUUAAUUAGAGGAUUUUUUCCCCCUUUCUAGGCUGAGCCCCUAUGAGUUGAUAAUCUUUCUCCUCAGCUUCUUAAAACCUCUGGUGUUUCCUAAAAUAGACACCUCUGCUAGUGAUCCUGUGAGAGGGAACCAAAUCUCCGAUUAAAAAACAGGAAGAGAAAUCAAUUGGAGAGCUGCUCCGAAAUCGGUGUGAAAAUCACACUGACAUUUCUGCAAAAAGCCCUGUCCCAAAGGACACUCUCAGGAGAAAAAUUUAAAGAUUACUUCUUUCUUGUGGGUUUGUUUUUUUUUUUCUUUUUUAGUCGGUACACCCCAUGGUUGGGCACGAAGGAUGCCCAGCCUUAUCUGAUAGUAGUUUUCUAUAAACGCCAACUCCAUGGGCUGCAGUUUUCCGAGGUAUGUGUCUGCCUCUGGCUUGACUUUGCAGGGAGGUUUCAGCUAAAACAGCUCCGCCGCUCCCGACAGCGAGGCUAGGCCUCGAGUUAUCGCACUUUUGACAAAUACAUAAACAAGCUAGUGAUGCCUUCAGUGGCUCAGGAUACUGUUUUCUCAUUGCAUUAAAUCCUGCUCUAGCAGUGAAAAGCAAAUUGCACUUUUUCCCCCCUGAACUAUCUCACUUUCACAGACUGUUAUUUGUCACAUCUGGGUGACAAGCACCUUAGAGGAAGGUCUAAAAUCCAAACAAACAAAAAAAGUCUUGAAAGAAAUGAGCAUCUCAGUAACACACCUGUUAAUAUAUAGGUUUAUAAAAAGGUCUCAUCUUUUUAAUGUGAAUGAAUAUUGGGAUCUGAACUGUAUCUUGGAGAUCUUUUUGGCAGCUGGGAGGGGGAGAACAGCCUGGCCUCCCAGGAGACAUUUCCAAGGUGUUUCCUGAAGAUCGCAUUGUGGAAGCCCAGCCAAGCUCAGCUCGCAAGCGGGCUGCACCGGGGCCUCCCGCCAGCCCGGGAGGUGACGUUGCAAGAGGAACGGGGUUGUCAACAAGCCCUUAGGAGCCCCCGGCCAGGGCAGGGUACUGGUGGGAUCUGAUACAGGAUGCAAGCACAACCACUGGGGGAUGGACGCUUGCACCGGGUGCCAUGGGGGAUGCGUGCUUCGAAUGAGGGAUGUUGGCAGGGCUGGGCUGUGCAGGAGGAGAUGCCCUGUCUGAAGGUACUGUUAGCUCCAGGGAAGCAAUGUGUUGUGGUUUUGGGGCAGGGCCCUGGAUCUCAGCAGCUUUCACUGCUGCCUUUCCAGGUCCUGAGGUGCACAGGGAGCUGGGUGCAAGCUGGGGGGGCAGGGGCACAGUGGAGGCAGGAGUUUUAGUGACUCUGCUUAGGGUCCUCCUGCUGCCAGGGCUUUGCUGGGAGACGUGGGGCUCGGGAAAUGGGCUCCAAGUGAGGUAGACCUCCCUUUGCACCUCCUGAGUCCUUCCUGUGUGGGGAGGAUAUUCCGCUCCUGCAAUGGCUGCCCCAUUUGCUUUUAUCCACAUGGCUUCCUAUGGUUUUUUUCUCCUCCAUCACUACAACUGGCAGACGUGGAUUUGCUGCUUGUGUACUUUCCUUGUGUGCCCAUCUGUGACAUCCCCUCAGGCUGGGGGGGGGGGCGAUGCAGUCCCCAGGACAAGCUGCAUGGGCUAGGCACAUCUCCCACCCCGAUGGGCCAGUGCGGUUGUGCCUCUUGUGCUGUGCUGGCCGACGACUGGUCUUUCCCGCUGUGUGUUGUUGCUGUGGGUUUCACUUCAUUGUCCUCUGGCGGUUUUUCUUGUGAAUGGACUGCCAUGUUAAUGAAAUCCCUCUGCGUGUUUUUCUGUAAUAAACUGUGUUGGUCGCA